AUGACGUUACCCACUUGCCUCUGUUUACAGAGUCACUCGAAGCAUUCAGCGAACCACGAGAUCUUCAGCCGCCACUCUGCCGCUACUUCCGGUCCGUCCAUCACCGCUCCGUCUCCGCCAGCCGCGAAACAUCGGAUCGAGAGAAAUCGAGGAAAAGGAUCUCGCGAGGAGGUGAUCGCGUGGCAAGGGCCCCCCGGGGGGCCGCGGGGGCAGGAGGUUCGAGGCAGAUCGGUCGUGAGGGCCCCAGGCACGGCUCGGUUGCCCCGCGGCGAGGUCGCCGGAGGGGCGGAGGAGGAGGUAGGAUGGUGUGACCUCCGACGUUAUCCCGCCCGACGCGGAGGUGGUGCUGGAGGUGGCGGAGGCGGUGGUGGAGGAGGUGGCGGUGGAGUCGAACAGCUGCUGCUCGACUCGGAGGAGGAGGAGCCGACGGCGAUGUCGAGGCAGCUUCGCGGUGAACGGGACCACGUGAGCCGUUGCGACCUCCGAGAACAGCGCGACCUCCGCGACCUUCGGGACCUGCGCGACAUCAGGGAUCUGAGGGAUAUCAGGGACCUCCGGGACGUUCGGGACAUUAGGGACGACAGGGAGAGACACGGUUCCGGCAGACACCAUCGGGACGAGUACCUGGAUUACGAUCACCAUCCCACCGCUGCAUCCACCUCGGCACUUACCAAUAACCCGGUUCAAAGAAGGUCCGACAGAGAGCAAGCAAAAGAGUGUCACAAAAGGGUGGGUUGUUUAAUUCCGUCUCGAGGCCAAGGUUUCGUGGUGAGGUAACGAAAGACUGCGGUUAUCAAACGGUCGCAGUUACAUAUCGAAUUCAAUAAAAUUUAUGUAACUCAUUGGUUGCGUAGAGAGUUUACGAAAGGGAACGCAAGAUGAAUUGUACGAUAAAUGCAUAUGAUCUACGUGCACGUACAUAGAUUUAUCUAUUAUCACUCUAAGACAAAUUGCAUCGUGUUUAACCGUGUUAUCUCCUACGACUGAUAACGAGAUCUUUGAACCUUUGCAAGA